AUGGCGAUGCUGAGUACUAAUGCGCUGCUGGCGAUCCCAGAGGCGGCUGAUCUCAUAGUCGACCAAGGCAGAGCGGAGCUGGCGGGCAUCGUGGUGUUUGCCGACGGCAACCUGGACUGCGGCGUGCUGCUCGCCGCCAGCGGCAGGGGCGCGGCGGCGCUGGAGAGGGAGGUGCUCAUGCGCGGGCCGGGGUGGGGCGCGCGGCGGGCGGCAGAUGCGCCGGGCGGGCGCUGGGUGGUUUCAGACGCCUCCAAUCACUCGGAGCUGCCGACCGAUUUCGAGCGGCUGCGUCAUGAAGCGGGCAUCGCCAGUUUCGAGGCCGUGGCCAUCCGGCCCCCGAGCGGCGGCCAGCCGCUCGGCGCGCUGCUGCUAGGCUCGAGCCGCGCCGGCGGCCUGGGGGCGGGCGACGACGGCCCGCCCGCCUGGGUCGAGGCCGCCGCCACGGGCCUGCUGCAGCUGCUGCGUCAGUCGUCCGUGGCGGGCGCCGCCACCAUGCUGCGCGGCGUCUGCGAGGCACCCGACCCAGUGGCGGCGAUCGGCGCGCUCAUGCAGGGUGUCUCCCAGUUCAUGUGGCGCGCUACCAACUGCGGCAUGUCUGUGCGGCUGGCGCUGCUGUCGGACGACGCCCCUGGCCCGGGGGAGGUGCUGCUUUUUGAGCUCGCGCCAGUCGGCUCCACAGCCCCCAACGCGCUGCGCAAGCGCGACGGCAGCAUCGGCGGCGGCGCCAGCGGCGCCCUCGGCGGCGGCGGCAGCAACCGCAGCCUGCAGGGCGCGACGCUGGGCGCCGGCGCUGAGGUCACCGUGCGCCAGCUGGCGUUUGGCGGCACCCUGCUCGAGCGCGCGAACAGCCGCCGCCCCGCGCCAGACCUCUUCUCCCACGCGGCCCCUGUGGCCAGCCUGGCUGUCGUGCCCAUGUUUGUGAGGGACAUGCCGCUGGGGGCGGUGUACUUCUGCCCCAUGGCGGCGCCCGUGGACUUCGGCAACAUCAAGGAUGACCUGCUGAGUGUGGUGCCCGGGCUGGCCAUGGCGCUGGACUACAAGUUGCAGGGCAACAUCAACCAGCUGCACGGCUUGGUCGCAGAGGUCCUCCAGAGUGAGAUCCGCCGCAGCCGCCGCUGCAGCAUGGAGCUGUCGUUCGUGUCGGAUCUGAUGAUCUCUGACGAGAUCGGCCGCGGCGGCUUUGGCACCGUGUACUCGGGCUCCUGGCGCCAGUCGCCGGCGGCCAUCAAGGGGCGGGACGCAGCCCCAGAGGCGAAAGGCGUUGAGGCGUCUCCUGGGGGCGCAGGCGGGCUGGGGCCUGUUUUGCCAGCGGCCCUUGGGGCUGGUGUUGUUAUGGCCGCGCGCUCGAGCGACGGCGAGGCGGUGUCGGACGCGAUGGAGAUGGCGGUGCUGUCGACAGUGCAACACCCCAACAUAGUGCAGCUCUACGCCUGCCUGCUGGGCAUGGUGGUCGCAGAGGACGGUGAGGGCGGCACCAUCAGCAUUUUCCGAGGCGUUCCUUUUGCGGAGGAUUGA